AUGGCUACCUCGUCAUGGUGUGAAAGGGCUUUUAAGGACUCGACUGUAACAAAAAUCGUCUUAGAAUGUGUUGCUGUUGGUGUUGUUGUGGGUGUUGUUGUUGGUGUUGUAGUGGGUGUUGUAGUGGGUGUUGUUGUCGGUGUGGUUGUUGGUGUCGUUGUUGGUGUUGUUGUUGGUGUUGUUGUUGUUGGUGUUGUUGUGGGUGUUGUUGUUGGUGUUGUUGUGGGUGUUGUUGUUGGUGUUGUGGUGGGGGUUGUAGUGGGUGUGGUUGUUGGUGUUGUUGUGGGCGUGGUUGUUGGUGUUGGUGUUGUUGUUGGUGUUGUGGUGAGUGUUGUGGUGGGUGUUGUAGUGGGUGUUGUUGUAGUUGUUAUUGCUGAUGUUGAUGAUGAUGAUGAGGUUGGCUUUGUUGUUGGCGUUGUAGAUGGCGUUGUAGGAGGUAGUGUAGUUGUGGUUGGUUUUUCAACACAAACCGUCUUGACUUUCCAUCUACCACGUUUACACACUGUUUUUACUUUCAUCUCAAACCCAUCACAGCACACAAAGAUUCCUUUGCAUCUUCUACCAUAA